GUUGCUUCUCUCGCCUUUUUGACCGUGGCGAACCAGAGGAGAAGAGGAGACUCGCUUUCCAGUUUCCUCUCUUUUUCGUCUCUCUCUCUCUCUCUCUCUCCAUCGUUUGCUUGCUUCUUGUUGUAGGUUGUAGUUAAAAAGGAGCUCAAAACAAGACUUUUUGAUAACUCGAUCGAGUUCUCUUCGCUUUCAUCUGAUGCACUCUUAACCAUUUAUCUCAAAUCUCUCAAAGAACGAGAGUGCUUGAAUCGACAGGAAGGAAAGACUAUUCGUCUAUUCCAUGUGCAGUGAGCCGAAGAGGAAAACAUCUGCUGUAGAUUUGGUCAUGGAGGGUGAAUCCCAGAAGCAAAAAGAGAGUUUAAACCGCAACUUUUCUGUUCUGCUUGAAUUAUCGGCCUCCGAUGAUCUGAUCGGCUUCAGGCGUGCAAUUGAAGAGGAGGGUUUUGAUAUUGAUGAGGCCAGCUCCUGGUAUGGGAGAGGGAUUGGGUCAAAGAAGAUGGGUUUUGUGGAGAGAACGCCCCUCUUGGUCGCAUCGAUGUUUGGGAGCAAGGAGGUUGUUGCAUACAUCCUCUCGACCGGGAAGGUUGAUGUUAAUAGGGCAUGUGGCUCGGACGGAGCAACUGCCCUCCACUGUGCUGCCGUUGGCGGGUCCUCUGCUUCUCUCGACAUCGCCAAGCUUUUGCUUGAUGCUUCCGCGGAUAUUGACUCCCUAGAUGCUAACGGGAACCGACCGGUGGACCUGAUCCCUCCAGCGUUGAAAUGGUGCAAUUCAAGGAAGAAAACACUGGAGAAGGUAUUGAAGGGCGGCAGUUUUACUGGGGAGGGAUGGAAUUCUGAUCUGACGGAAGAACAGCCAGACCAGUUGCUAACGCCACGGGCCUCUAAAGAUCUCUGUGAGAAAAAAGAAUACCCAGUUGAUCUUUCCCUCCCAGACAUAAAGAACGGGAUAUAUGGGACAGAUGAAUUCAGGAUGUACACGUUCAAGGUGAAGCCCUGUUCCAGGGCUUACUCCCAUGACUGGACGGAAUGCCCGUUUGUUCACCCAGGGGAGAACGCUAGGCGCCGUGAUCCGAGGAAGUAUCACUACAGCUGUGUUCCCUGCCCGGAGUUCCGGAAAGGAAAUUGCCGGCAGGGAGAUUCCUGUGAGUAUGCGCAUGGUGUGUUCGAGUGCUGGCUCCACCCGGCACAGUAUCGAACACGGCUCUGCAAGGAUGAGACUGGAUGCACGCGAAGGGUGUGCUUCUUUGCGCACAAGCCGGAAGAGUUACGCCCCUUGUACGCCUCGACUGGCUCAGCCGUUCCAUCACCGAGAUCGUCUUCUCUAAGCGUUUCUUCACUUGACGUGGCGCCGUUGAGUCCAAUGGCUCUUGGUUCCCCGUCUGUACUUAUGCUUCCUACGUCCACACCACCCAUGUCACCCUCAGUGAGCUCUUCUUCUCCUAUGGGGGCAGCGAUGUGGCAGAACCAGUCUAGUCUUGCCCCUCCGACUUUGCAGCUUCCAGGUAGCCGGUUGAAGGCCGCACUGAGUGCCAGGGAUAUGGAUUUAGACAUGGAAUUACUUGCGCUGGAUCGUCAUAAUCAGCGGCAGCAGCUGAUAGAUGAGAUGUCUAGUCUCUCUACCCAAUCGGGCUGGUCUUUGGCCACAGCUGCAGCCCUGGCUGCCUCAUCUGGUGGACGGGCUGGGGAAUACAGCCGGUUAGGUGGGGUAAAGCCUACGAAUCUGGAUGAUGUUUUUGGUUCUCUUGACACGUCGGUGUUGUCUCAAUUGCAAGGACUCUCGCUGAAUGCUGCAGCCUCUCAGUUGCAAUCUCCGAAAGGUAUCCAUACACGCCAGACCAUGAACCAGCAGCAGCUGCGUUCAAGCUAUCCCACAGGCCUGCCCUCCUCCCCAGCGAGAUCAUCAGCAUCGUUUGCCCUUGAUCCCUCCGGGGCAGCGGCUGCAGCAGUAAUGAAUGCGAGGUCAGCUGCCUGUGCAAAGAGGAGUCAGAGCUUCAUAGACCGCAGUCCAGUUAACCGCCAGACUGGAUUUACUUGUACUGCUGCUGCGGCUACUGCCACUGCGAUGUCUUCUACACUUUGUGAUUGGGGCUCUCCUGAUGGAAAAUUGGACUGGGGCAUUCAAGGAGAAGAACUUAACAAAUUGAGGAAGUCGGCUUCAUUUGGGUUCAGAAACAGCAAUAGAAAUUUAGCAGCAGCCUCAGUGACGCCAACAGUUGAUGAGCCAGAUGUGUCGUGGGUGCAGUCUCUAGUGAAGGAUGUUCCAACGAUGGGAAAUGGACAACUUGGUCAGGAACCGCAACCACAGCAGUAUCAGCUCAGCAGUGGAGGUUCGGAGAUGCUCUCGCCAUGGGUAGAGCUGGUGUACAUGGAGCAGGAGCAGAUGGUGGCUUAAAGCAAGUUGACGCCCACCACCUCUCUGUGUGGCUCGUCGUUUAACCUAACAAGUUCAUAUUGCCAUUUUUUUUAUUCAUAUUAUUAAUAUUCAUUAUAUGAUGAUGUAAGUAGGAAAGGGGGCAAGAAUGAGCAGAAGAAGACCCGAAGGGCGAAGUUGAACAGAAUUUGGGCAGGGGAGCAAAUUGAGUCCUUGCUCUUGGUAUAGAUAGAGAGAUAGGUUUACUUGCUUUUCAAUUUCAAAGCAAGUUGGUUUAGGUGAAAGAAGUUAAGUUUCUCCUCUCUUUGUUUAUUAUUUAUUUAUUUAUUUUUCUGUUGAGAAGUUGAGGAAUAUCAUUUUUAAGUUAGAGCUUGCCUAUAAGAGAAAGUUGAAGAGCGGAGAGAGGUCUUUUGCUUGUAAGACCAAGGUUGUCGAAGAAUGAGAAUGUAAGCAACACAAUAGAGUCCAUAAGGUGCUUUUGUGUUACAUCACAUGUAACUGAGAAUUGUUGAAUUUGAGCGAAAGCGAAUUCAUCUGAUCAUCAUAGACUGUAUUCAUUUCCAA